GCUUAUUGCUAUCCCUUUAUUAGGUCUUCGAGGUGAGUUUAACCAUGGCCCUUUUGUGACGUUCAUGCAACGAUAGCUAGCAGAGCAACCAUCCGAGUGACUAUAGCGAUGGUAUUUACKAAAGGCAACAAUGAUCUCGGUAUCGGAGAWGGUUACUCGUGGUUUGGAGAGUGGGUCGCACAGUACGRAGGAGAAAUCAAUAMACACGGACUACCGGGAGAGGAAAGCACCAGAUGACGCCACGGCUGACAUUAAGACASCCACGCCUAAAAYAAGACAAUAAACUGCGAAGCAUCGUUGUUGCAACGAUUUGAUAUUUGAUGGCGUCASACAUAUUUUAGACGCUUUCACCUUCUUACACAUUUUCGCUUCUCGCUUGCCACCACGAACCACAGAUUUUCGUUAUAUACACUAGUAACUGCCAAAAUGCCCGUCGAUCUUUUACACCCUUCCCCAGAGCAAGAAGCGCGAACAUACAAGCUCAAGAGGCUUGUUCAGUCUCCCAAUAGUUUCUUUAUGGAUAUCAAGUGUCCGGGAUGCUUUCAAAUUACCACGGUUUUCAGCCAUGCCCAAACCGUGGUCCUGUGUGGGAACUGCAACCUUAUGCUCUGCCAGCCUACCGGCGGUAAGGCCCGCCUCACAGAGGGAUGCUCCUACAGAAAGAAGGUAGACUAAAGCACUAUUGAGACUAACUUAAUUCUAGCAAAAAGCAAAUUAUGAGACCCCAAAAACCAGGGAAACAAAACCAAUGAAUGAAUAAUACGGUACAUAUGUUUCGAGACUGGUGGGAAUUGCCGGUGGAGAGACGGAAUAAGUAACCUGUCGGUGCAACGAUGAYUCCGUUGWGUGGAACGCUGCAGGAAAGAGCGGACCGACGCAAACCGAAAGGGCCAAACCAAACGGAAUCGAUUUCAUCGCUCUUCCCACCUGAAGGAAGGCGAGAUCAACGGGUGUUUGGAUGCAACGACAGUGUUGCUUUGUGUCUUCGCGAUAUAUCAUAGGGUCGUCAUUGUCUAGUUCGUUUGAAGUACUCGUACGGCAUUUAGACUCCUGCUCCUUGCAGGUCAUGCACAUAGAACCUCGUGUGUGUCGCUCGGACAGAGAUUAUAGUGUAGUCAAAAAUAAUUAGUUUCAAUGCAGCCACACCUGUCGCCCAAGCCAUUUGGGGCUAUGUGCCGGAGUUUGAAGCUACCUGUUGGGAUCUUGUCUGGUUUGGUGCAGUUCAGAGCUUCCAAUGGUGAUGGGAUUCGUACCGGAUUACUAUAGCAACAGCCUGGUCGAAUAAGGAGGGACGAAAAUGAGCGAUGGUUCCAUGCAUUGGUGAUAUGACUGGUGGUGCAAGCACCAUCACUCAUCGUCAUUCCUAGUACUACUGCUUAUGUAACAAGCAAUUUGAAAUAAAACUGGGAGGAACUGGAUUCUUCUUAUGAAAAAUAAAAAUAUGUCCCGCUAGAAGCAGGUCAGUACUGAAAGGCUCUGGUGAAGGAAGAAACUCAAAUAAACAGAUUUUCAUCAGUGCCAGUCAUACCACCAAUUCCUCAUCCUCCUCCUCCCCCUCCUCCUCAGUCCUUCUUCAUCUUCUUGUUGAUGUUGUUGAAGGAAGAGGAGGCUGAGCACUAUUUCCCAAAAAUAGCUCUGCAAAAUGUAGGAGGAAAUCCUUUUUUGAAGUUCCUAAUACUACUAAUUUCGAAUGGAAUUUCAAAACCUCAAAUUUAACCUCAAGGCCAACCAGUAUUGCAUACUACUAGUACUUCUGCUUUAUUCAAUUUUUGGAAGGUUUUAGAUAUGUAAUAUUGGUGUUUGAAAAAUAUCAAAACAGUCGGAACUACUAGGUACGGUAGAGUAGUAUAGAUCGUAUGAUAGUGUCAAACGAGAAUAUGAUAGUGUCAACCGAGAAAAUUACUGGUACAAACCGUGAAGAAGAAAACUUCAUCMAUUUCAAUGAUUGUCGAAUUUGGGACGCCAACAAGCAAAACAAUAGUCUGUGUUCAUCGACGAGGAAGAGAAGGCUCCUUUUGYUUUCUCGCUUCARAGUGAUUUUCRUGGUAAUGCUGGUAUGGAACACAGCACGGGCAUUGCAACGGUGCAAAAACUGCUUCCAGCGGGCAGUAAAGUCCUUCUCCUCGAGGAUUUCGUCAAGGAAUAUGCGCCAGCGUGUGUUGUUUCGUCUUCCUUCCCGGAAGCAGCUCCGGCAAGGACACGGGCGGAAACCAUACCAAACCGAACGGAGGAAAUGRCGACGUCACCAGUGCCAGUGCCYCGUAUUCCUUCCAUUCCCGAACAGCUCCGAAGAAUGAUCAUCGCACCUCUACCGACGUGCAAGGUGCUUCGCASGAAUGGUCCCCGAAGCAGCAAGGCGGAGAAGAUUAGCCUUUGCCGAGAAUCGGUCCGCACUCUGGUAUACGAUGUCGUCUAYUCGCUCGUGCACCGUCGAGAGCGACUGCAACGCAGGCGUAAGUACCAGCGGAAAMGCAUGCAUUCGCGGCGAAACAAGCCACCUCCACCACCAUCGGUAGGAGCAGCAGAAAUGCAAGUGGUCAAUGGCAAUUGCACUAGAAGCGAAACGAAUGGAAAAAACGAAAAURCAAGCUGUCGAGUCUCUUCAUCAACCGCGAGCAAAGUCCAAUCCGACAUCAGUAACGGCAGCGACCGUUUCGAAUCCGACGACGGGAGGAAUGUCCUCGCCCGCGGAUUCGUGGUUUCCAGGGAGGGAGAUGGACCGCCACCGACGGGGAUGAAGGCCGGGAUUUCCUACCUACAUCCMAACGAGAACGUCACCUUUUGUAGAUCAUCCCCGGUGAUACGGAGGCUUCACGAGCUGGUAGGGGACGAGGUGCUACGAACGAUACUCCUUCACACGCGGUGUUUCCUGCCUAUCGUCGGCGACUGCCACGCCGAUGGAAUGGCGAAAUCGGCCGUUGCAAGGAAGGGAAAGCGAAACCGAAAGCGAAGGCGAGAAGGAAGAGACGUCCAAGACAGGGACAACGGUGACAGCAGAAACUACAUUUUGCUGUGCGGUCCUCCUCUGCCCAGCGGCACGAACCAUCCUCUUUGCAAAACCUCCCGAGACAAUUCUCGUUGUCUCCAAAACGACCUCCCGAAGAGAAAGAGGAAACGUCGGCGCUGUUUYCCAAGCAAUKCGCUGUCCCUUCGGAAUGGAACUCCCGGGCUGCACCUGCACGCCAACGACAUAAUCUCUCGGUAUUCGCUCAUGUACUGCGAUGCGUACACACCACAYGUUGCGCUGCCCAAGAGYCAUCCGUUUUCGCAMCGAAUCGAGAACCAGCCUUYKCACCCGCAUCCGAACSGAGAUACCGAUUAUCGAUUCGUGUUGAACGUCGUGUUCGACCUGCACCUAGAAAACAAMAACAAGCAGAGGCGAAUACGAAAGCGGMUGGAGGGAAACGGCAGGGCRGUGUGYGAAAAACUCUGGAAGAACUACACCCGCUGCCGGAAUUACGGGAGACUAUUGGAGCGCUAUUGUGGCCUUCCAAAUGAUUAUUUAGAGGAAACAACGGCAUCGAGAACGKCGUCGUYRUCACCACCGUCGUCACGUGGUAGCGAUAACGAGCGCCUAGCACGGCUGGCUCGUGCGUUUACACCCAAGGAUGGCGUCGUUUCCUUUCUGGGAUCCGUCCUGCGCCAAGUGUUCCCGGCAGGGUUCUGGGGCUCGGAGCGGAAUUUUCAAUCCGUGAUGGCAUCGGUCCGGUGCUUUGUGCGGCUUCGCUGCAACGAGCGGCUCGCCAACAAAAAUAUUCUGCACGGAAUAUCCAUCACCGAGCUGGAGUGGCUCUAUCCAACCACAAAGCACCAAGAACCUCGGGCAGCCGGGGAAAAUCCCCUCGGAGGAGCGAAUGAAAGCAACGACCGGCAAACCCACAGUCGCUGUAGAGGCAAGAACAAAAGUGGUCGGAARCAACGGACCAAUCACGAGGCCGCGACCGAGUUGGCACUCAAAGCCCUGCGCUGGUUGUUUCGGGGAUUCAUCAUCCCGUUGCUCCGAUCGUCCUUUUACGUCACGGAAACGGAAUUCAGUGCGAAAGAAGUCCAGUACUAUAGAAAGCCCGUGUGGUCCCUCUUUCGAGCGCUUUCCGUCCGAAAACUAACGACGGCACCGGGAACAUCGGGGCACAGCAGGCACUUUUCGAUUUUGCCAAAGGGCCAGGCCCAUCUCAAUCUGAGAGGACAAACACUGGGCCUUUCUCGGCUUCGGUUUCUGCCGAAASCGACGGGCAUGCGCCCAAUAGCUCAGUUGUCACGGAAUGUUCCCAUCCGAUUGUCACUUCCAACAACAGCYRAAGCGACKRCAGUGGUMACCGAGGGCAGAUUCUAUCGAAAAAGGUCGCUAGCGUCGGAUUCGCAGGGAAACGAUUCUCGUCCGGGAAAAAGAGCAAACACUGGAAGCAGCACGAUCACUGCAACGGGAAACAAUGUCAUGGGCCCAGACCCUGUUCAUCCUUCAACCGAACCAAAACCUAGUGAGUYUUCACCGUCGGAACUGUCGCAUGUGUUUUCGAGAUUGCCAACCAACGUAAUUCUCGAAAGGGUGCUCCACGUUUUGACUCUCGAGUGUGGACGCAGAAAGAGGCCCUACGGAAAUGGCAUGGAUAAUCUCCAAGAAUUUUAUACCCGCUAUCGCAAUUACGUUUCGCACAUUAAGCAACAAUUCCUCCAGGAAGGCAGUGGCAGCAACAAGAUGCAGCUUUUUUUUGCCAAAGYAGAUAUUGAAAAGUGCUAUGACAACAUCAACCAACAUUAUCUACUGAACCUCGYCCAGGACCUAAUAUUGAACAACACGUAUGUGAUACAGAGGAUUAAGCUUGAUUCCGCAAACUUUGGAGGGGCAGAAAACGCCACACGGUUCCAGACACUUGUGGACAGUGUCGAUGACUACCAGUCCUUUCACAGCAACAAGCAUGCACUGGCUCGACGGAGCCGAAGCACGGUGUUUGACCUGACGAAAUGCACUCUUACCGAACGAAAGAAAAUMCUUGACUUGCU